GAACUUUAUUAAAUGUUGCGUUAAACUUGGAAAGCCCUUGUUCCUCUCCGGAAGUUAUCUCUCCUGCUGUAACAGUGUGUUUUGCCUCUUCAUAUCCUCUUUCUCACUAACAACAUGGCUGUGACAUCGCAGAAAUCCUCUUAUCUGGUUCUGGAGAAUUUUAUCGGAGGUGAUUUUGUCUCAUGCGCAAAACACCUGGACUCGUAUGACCCGUCCACCGGAGAGGUCUACUGCAAAGUGCCGGACAGUGGACCAGAGGAGGUGGAAGCAGCUGUAAGAGCAGCUAAGAAGGCCUUUCCUGAGUGGUCUUCUCGCAGCCCAGAGCAGCGCGCUCAGAUACUCAACAAACUGGCUGACCUCAUUGAGGAGAGACUGUUUGAGUUUGCUCAGGCAGAAUCCAGAGAUCAAGGUAAAACUGUGACCUUUGCAAGAAAUGUGGAUAUUCCCAGAUCUGUGUACAACUUUCGCUUCUUUGCCUCCUCUGUUCUCCAUCACACUACGGACUGCAGUCAAAUGGAUCACCUUGGCUGCCUCAACUACACCAUUCGCUGCCCUGUUGGUGUGGCGGGUUUGAUCAGCCCCUGGAACCUGCCCCUGUACCUGCUCACCUGGAAGAUUGCUCCUGCCAUCGCCACAGGAAACACUGUGGUGGCCAAACCCAGUGAGAUGACAUCUGUGACGGCCUGGAUGAUGUGCAAGCUCAUGCAAAAGGCUGGUGUUCCUCCUGGAGUGGUUAACAUAGUUUUCGGCACGGGCCCAAGAGCGGGCGAUGCUCUGGUCGGUCAUCCAGAUGUUCCACUGGUUUCCUUCACCGGCUCCACACUGACAGCCCAGAGAAUCACAGAGCGCAGCGCCCCUCACUGUAAGAAGCUCUCUCUGGAGCUGGGAGGAAAAAAUCCUGCCAUUAUCUUUGCUGACGCAGACCUGGACCAGUGCAUCGAGACAACUGUCCGCUCCAGUUUCUCCAAUCAGGGAGAAAUCUGCCUGUGCACAAGUAGGAUUUAUGUUGAAAGAAGUAUAUACAAAACUUUUCUGGAAAAGUUUGUGGCUGCUGCAAGAAAGUGGAAGACCGGAGUACCAUCUGACCCCAGCAACAACAACGGAGCACUGAUCAGCAGAGAACACCUGGAGAAGGUUCGCAAUUUCGUGGCUCUGGCCAAAUCCGAGGGGGGCACUGUGCACUGCGGAGAGGGCGUGGACAUGCUGGACCUGCCCGCAGCUAAUGUUAAUGGCUACUUCAUGCCUGCCACUGUUAUCUCGGGCCUGUCCGACUCCUCCACAGUGAUGCAGGAGGAGAUCUUUGGUCCAGUCACCUGCGUCAGCCCUUUUGACACCGAGGACGAAGCUGUCGCCAAGGGUAACGGGGUGCGCUACGGGCUGGCAGCAACAGUAUGGUCUCAGGAUGUGGGUAAGGUGCACCGCAUGGCUAGGAGGCUGCAGGCUGGACUGGUGUGGUCCAAUUGCUGGCUGGUACGGGAUCUUAAUCUGCCAUUUGGGGGCAUGAAGAACUCUGGGGUGGGACGCGAAGGGGGAAAGGAUUCUUACCACUUUUUCACCGAAGUCAAGACCAUUACCAUCAAGCACUAAAAGUCAACUUUAUACAGCUGUUGCAUCACUGAGUUAAUCACGUAUUGACUGAGCUUGUUUUACAACAAGACACAAACCUGUUGAGAAAUUUGCCACAGGCUAAGAAUAGGAUCCCAGUUCUAAACAUAGAUCUGGAAUUUUUUCUGGUACUUUCUAGUGCAUCUCAUUGUGUCUAGUAAAAUGAAAUUAUAUAAAUCCUACAAAAUCAUGUUGUUUCAAAGUAGCUAUACAGUUAGAUUAUAUCAUUAAAACAGUUGCUUGACUCAUCACAAGACACUGUCACUGGAUUAUGAAGAUAAUAGAGCAGCCCUGUCAACCAAAUAUGUGAAGAAGUUUGACAAAAUAAUUGAUAUAUGACAUUCUCUUUACUUCGUUCUGUGUGUCAACAUUCAUUGAAGGUCCAUAAACUAUUAAAAUUUUGAAUAUUU